CGAUGAAGUUUCCCUCAUAUAAACUCUUAUAGACUCUCUCAUACUUCAAUAAAUAACAAGGCUAAAUCAAGUUAAGGAUACCCUCCAUAGGUAUCUAUGCAGGUUACACCUGUAAGAUUAUUGCGUCAUGGCAAAAGACAAGAAGGCGAACGCAGGCAAAAAGGCUAAGCUCGCCGAGAAGAAGCAAAAGCAAGAGAAGAAGGCCCAGAAAAAAGAAAAGGCCAAAGCUUCGAAACUCGAUGGGAGCGAUGCCGAAGACGUCGACCUAGAUGCGGUUCUUGCCGAGUAUAAGAAAGCCCAGGAAGAGUUUGUCAAGGUCACGGAGACUGUCUCUGAAGAACCGCCAAAAGCUCGGUCAUCCUCUACCUUUCUAGCCUCUCCUUCCAAUAGUAACCAACUUUUGUUAUUUGGUGGGGAGACUUGGAAUGGAGCCCUUGCAAGUUUCUACAAUGAUCUUAAUAUCUACUAUACAGACAGAGAUGAGUGGCAUUGUGUGACAUCGCCAAAUGCUCCCCUCCCACGAUCCGGCCAUGCGUGGUGUAGAGGGGGAAACCAGAAAGAUUCGGUCUUCCUAUUUGGUGGCGAGUUUAGCAGUCCCAAACAGGGCACAUUCUAUCAUUAUAAUGAUUUCUGGAGACUUGAACCUGGUUCCCGAGAAUGGACACGCAUAGAAGUUAAGGGCAAGAGCCCACCGGCUAGGAGUGGCCAUCGUAUGACUUAUUAUAAGAAUUAUAUUAUCCUCUUUGGUGGCUUCCAAGAUACCUCGAAUCAAACGAAAUAUCUAAAUGAUCUAUGGUUAUAUGAUACACAGAACUUCUUUUGGCAUAGUCCUACACUUCCACAAGCACAACUGAAACCUGACGCCAGGUCAUCCUUUACAUUUCUCCCUCACGAGCAAGGCGCCGUACUAUUUGGCGGCUACUCAAGGGUGAAGACAACGGUAUCGGCAAAUAAAUCUGCUAAAGGUGCAUCUCAAGGCCAAAGGAAUAUUAUGAAACCAUUGGUACACGAGGAUUGCUUUUUCUUGCGGAUAACUCAACCUGCUGCGGACUCACCGCCAAACACGCCACCGAAUGUGAGAUGGGAGAAGCGGAAGAAGCCUGCAAACACACCUAACCCUUCUCGUGCUGGAGCAACUAUGGCCUACCAUAGAGGUCGUGGUCUCCUUUUCGGUGGAGUGCAUGACGUCGAGCAGAGUGAAGAAGGUAUGGAAAGUGAGUUCUUCAAUCAGCUUUACGCAUGGAAUAUCGAAAGGAACCGAUUCUUUCCAUUGGCACUCCGUAAAGCGAGGACCCAAAAGAAAGUUCCACCACAGGAGCAGAGGGUUGGAAGACGUGGAAGAGCUCAAGCAAAUGAAGAAGAGUUGCUGAAACAACUCGCAGCUCUCCAGGCCGGUUCGUCUCUAGAUGACGCAGAUGACAUGGAAGUCGACCUCAAAGCCGGGCAGGAGCCUGAAGAACCAGAAAAGCCUGUCAGAGAUAUGCCAGUAUCUAUGGAGUUCCCUCAUCCGCGAUUUAACGCCCAGUUGGCAGUCCAAGACGAUGUAUUGUACAUUUACGGUGGUACAUACGAAGCAAAAGACCGAGAAUAUACGUUUGACGAUCUAUAUGCUAUUGAUCUAGGGAAGAUGGACGGCUGCAAACAGAUAUUUAAGAGAGAGGAUGAUACUUGGGUUGGCUCCGACGACGAAGAUGAGGACGAGGAUGAAGAAGACGAGGACGAAGAUGACGAGGAGGAUGAAGAAGGUGAUAUCGAUAUGAGCUAUGAAGAGCCAGAAGCUCUUCUAUCCCCAAGCAAACGCAAGAAGAAACAGAUAGACGAGGUAUCGAUAGCUGAUACCACAACUACUGCGGAGUCUUCUACGUGGGAUGCUAUGUCGGAAGCUGAUACAGUUACAACUACUGUCGAUGAUGGGCUACCACAUCCACGGCCUUUCGAGUCUAGAAGGGACUUCUUCAAUCGUACCUCGAAUGAGUGGCAAGAAAUCCUGAUGACAAAUCUGAGAUGGAAGAACAUUCCACCUGAAAGCCUGACAAUCAAGGAGAUUAAGACAAAGGCAUUUGAGCUUAGUGAAGAAAAGUGGUGGGACUGCCGCGAGGAGAUUACUGCUCUUGAAGAUGAGCAGGAAGCUGCCGGUAUUGGUGAAGUCGUUUCUCUGGCCGACAAAGGUGAUUCGGGAGCCGGUGGUGGUGUUGGCCGAAGACGAUGAUAACGUCGGAUUACAGAUUUUGAACAGCGUAGGUGAAUAUAGAAUUUAUCUGUUCAUAGAUAAACUCAUCAUAUAUAUUAUCAAAUAAUCAGAUAUUCACCUAGUACCUUAGGCAUAUAUACCUAAAGCCUGGAAAUUCGGGAAAGUAAAUAAAGGGGCAUAUGGAAAUCCUAG